AUGUUCCACUUCAUUGAAGCUAUACUACUUACCUUACCAGCUCUCAUACAAAUGGGAGUAAGAGGAUCUGAUGGGUUGUCCUAUGUACAAAUCGAAAAUGGUCGAUCUCGAAGAACUAUCGGGCCACCGUACGGUGCGGAGCCCCGUCAGCCGAUUACCACUCCCGCACUCUCUAGCUUGAAUACACAAGGCGAAGUUGCCGCCAUUCCCGACACCACCAGCACCAGAGGCGUCUACCGUCUCGGACCCCCAGUAAGAAAGACAUUUCAGGUCGGCAGUAUCUGUCACAUAGCAUUUGCCACGCUUCUUAGCGGAAGUCCUGAUGUCACGAACUACGUCGUGACACCUCGAUUAUUCCACCAACAAUGA